AUGGUGGAUGGCGAGAAUCAAUCCAGGGGCGUAAAUCGCCCUCUGUUCUGCGUAGUCUGUGCUAGUAACAACAAUCGAUCUAUGGAAGCGCACAUGGUGUUGAGUAAAGCCGCCGUUCGAGUCAUGUCUGCAGGUACAGGAUCAGCUGUCCGUCUGCCUGGUCCAUCUAUCGAUCGGCCGAAUGUGUAUCGUUUCGGUACACCUUAUGACGCUAUCUACAAGGAUUUGGAAUCAAAGGAUCCAAAUUUAUACAUGCGGAAUGGUCUUCUGCCCAUGCUAGACCGAAAUCGGAAGGUCAAAUUCGCCCCUGAGAAGUGGCAAGAGCAGAAAGCAGUCUUGGCCGACGUCGUCAUCACAUGCGAAGAGAGGUGCUACGAUGCAGUCUGUGACGAUCUCUUGGCCCGAGGAGGCGAAUUCAACAAGCCGAUACAUGUGAUCAACUUUGAGAUCAAGGAUAAUCCCGAGGAGGCCGCUAUUGCGGGGCAGUCCAUUCUUGAACUCGCUCAGACUAUCGAAAGAGCAAACGAUCUCGACGAAGAAAUGGACGAUAUCCUCGCCAGGCACUCAGAAAAGCAUCCGCAUGUUUUGCUACAUACAGUUGCCUUCUAUUGA